GUUUGUAAGUAUUUCCUUUCACAGCUUGAAGGUAACGGUAUAACUUCAGUGUUUAAAUGUUCCAGAUGAAGUCAUUAUGCCUUGAUAACUAAAGGAUUUAGCAGGCUAGGCUGAGCUUGGAGCAGAGGCAGUAUCGUAUUCCAUCCCCUCACAUGAUAAGGGGCUGACUUGUCUGCUGGCUAUGUCACACACAUCAAGCAGCUACCAUUGCAUGGUGGGAAGACCCUUAGGAGAGCUUUGGAACAAUUUAUCUUUUUUUCUCUUCUGUUCUACCCUUGGAAAAAAUGGAUUUAAAGUUCUUUCAGCUUGUCCAGAAAUUAUUCCUGUCCUCUGGGAAAUGUACAGAAGAAUUGGAUGAGUUCAGCAGCUUAUUACCCGAGGUUUAUACUGCAUCUAAUGAAAAAGACAACAAUAAAGACUAUGGUGCCUUCCAAAGUGACAUAAACAGUUGCGAUAAUGAAAAGCACAGCAAUUGGGUAUCUGAAUUAUCACCACCAAAAGCAUUUAGGAGCUGCCUAAAAAUCCAUGAUCCUGAUAUACUGCUAUCAUUCGUCAAGUAUUUAAUGUUCUUUUCCAACUUUGUUUUUUCCUUACUGGGCUUCACCUUGUUUGGCUUUGGAGUCUGGGGGCUAGUAGAUAAGCAGUCCUUGAUAAGUGAUAGGAUUGGUUAUUUAGGUACUGAUCCCAUGCUCUCUUUUAUCAUGGUCAGCCUAAUUGUGAUUUUCCUGUCUGUGUCUGGUUGCCUGGGCUUUAUCAGGGAGAACACCUACCUCCUGAGAUUUUUCUCUCUGGGUAUUAGCAUUCUGAUGGUAACAGAGAUUCUUUCAGCCAUAAUCAUCUUUGCCUUCAAAGACCAGAUCAUCCAAUCUGCGAAAAGCUCUAUGCUGGUAGCUCUCAGCAGGUACCAUGAUGAUUCAGACUUAAAAUUCAUUAUGGAUGAACUACAGCUUGGCAUGGAAUGUUGUGGUGUACAGUCCUACACAGACUGGGCAGUCAGCUUGUAUUUUAACUGCAGUUCCCCAGGAAUUUAUGCCUGUGGGGUUCCCUAUUCCUGCUGCAUUGAUCCUUUUGAAGAUGGAACUGUUAUUAACUCCCAGUGUGGAGUAGGAGCAAUGAGGAUGAGGGAGAAUAUGGCUGGAAGCGUAAUCUUUCUGGGUGGGUGUAUGCCGCAGAUGAUUCUCUGGCUGCAACUCAAGUUCUGGGAUAUGGCAGCAAUUUUCUUUUUAGUUAUGACUGUUCAGCUUGUUUGCGUUGUGUGUGCCCAAAGGAUGCUUGGAGAGAUAAUGUUUGUAACGUAUAUGGAAGGAAAAAGUAUUUCAAGUCCAGCAGAACAGAGACCCUAAUAUUCCUUCUAUAGAACAGCAGCCUUAGAAAUCCUGGAGGAUUCUAAAUGCGGUGUUAAGUCAUGCUAUAUUAGAAACAAUCUUAGAGGGGAAAAAGGUUGCCCUUAAUCUGUAUUUAUGUCAGUUACUAAUACAGGUAUGGGAUCCGUUAUCCGGAAAGCCGUUAUCCAGAAAGUACCAAAUUACGGAAAGACCGUCUCCCAUAGACUCCAUUAUAAUCAAAUA